AUGGUGUUGGAGUCAUGCACAGUCACACAGUGGGUGAUCAGCGAGUACGGGGGGAAUGAGCAUGUUCCUCUGAAGAGCCCCUGUGUUGAAGGUGAGCUACAGAGACAUAGGGCGCUGCGUUCCGGCUGCCUGGUGUCAGGGUUCACACCCCGCCAAUCCGUCGCACACAGCAAGCUCGCCAGCCUGGGGCGCAUCUUUAAACCCUGGAAGUGGAGGAAAAAGAAAAAUGAGAAGCUAAAGCAGAGCUCCACAGAUGUGGCUUUGUCCAGUGGAUGUCUCUCGCCAGACCCCGGCUCCCCCUUGCAGGGAUCUUCAGACAGGACAGGCAUGCUGGGGGGAUUUGGGGGGUCACUCAGCGCCACUCUCACAGUCAGCAGUGUUGAGUAUUUGGGCCCCGAGGAGGAACUGCCCCCCCCAGGAGUUGACUGUAAGCCAGAGGAGGAGAGCAGUCCAAAUACAGUGGAGAAGGAGGGAGAUGAAGAGGGAGAGGAGGAGGAAGAGUCGCAGCUUGGUGCUGAUAUCUCCAACGAGGUGCAGGAAGUUGGAGAAGAGACGGAGGAAAGACAAGAAGAGGAAAUACCUCAGGGAACAACACCACCCGCCGUAGCAGCCAAACCGGUGAUGUCGCCGCUAAGCAGUAGUGAAGACCCAUCCCUAAUGCCCUCUCACAUAGAGACGCCCAGGGCUCCUGAGAACAUGGCCCCCAUGGUGGCCCCGCGUGGGCCUCUAUCCAACCCCUCAGGGUCUCCUCACCUUGCCAACAUUAUGCACCCUCCCAUGCCCCCUAGCUGUAUCAUGGAGGAAUUACAGCGGGCCUUUGCCUCCAAGGCCAACCGUCUGGAAAGUGUGCAUGGGCCUGCCGAGCUGACCUCGCCCCUGUGGCGGCGCUCUGACGGACGGAUAUCUCGCUCCUCCAGCUCAGAGAACCAGUCCGCAGCAGGGGGCGCCAUUGUCAACUGGCUCCACCAGGCAGAGAGAAAGAAGGAGGCUGAGGAGAAUAAGGAGAAUGUGCGGCUGGACCAGUGCUUCUCUGACGCCUCUGGCAUCCCGCACGAUCAGGACGACUGGAACGACUCCGUCAUCUCCGGUACACUACCUCGCAGGCUAAGAAAGGAGCUGUUGGCGGUGAAGCUUCGGAAUCGACCCAGCAAGGAAGAGCUGGAAGACCGGAAUAUCUUUCCUGCACGGACUGAACAGGAACGUCAGGAAAUACGCCAGCAAAUUGAGAUGAAACUUGCCAAGAGACUCAGCCAGAGGCCGAACGUGGAAGAGUUGGAGAGUCGAAAUAUCCUAAAACAGAGAAAUGAUCAAACAGAACAAGAAGAGAGAAGGGAGAUCAAACAGCGGCUGAAUCGAAAGCUCAAUCAGCGGCCCACAGUCGAUGAGCUACGGGACCGCAAGAUUCUCAUCCGUUUCAGUGACUAUGUGGAGGUGGCAAAAGCUCAGGAUUACGACAGAAGAGCAGACAAGCCCUGGACUAGGCUCUCGGCAGCCGACAAGGCGGCUAUCAGAAAAGAGCUAAACGAGUUCAAAAGUACAGAGAUGGAGGUGCACGCCUCGAGCAAGCAUCUCACCAGGUUCCACAGGCCGUGAAUACAAAGGGGAGUUUCUUCUGUGAAGAAAUCAUUCUGAGCAUAGAAUUUUCGGUUGCUGCGUUAGAGGCAGUAGACACCACCGGAUCCUGGAGGCCAUUCUUCACGGCCGGUCCUUUGUCUGCAGGAUGUCCUGGAUUCCUCCAGCACACCCCUGGUCGAUAGGGGUGGAGGUGGACAGACAGUGCUGUUUGGAUGCGUGGCAGCGAAACCCGGAGGUUGUGUCUCCACUGUAGGAGCUGCCUGGAGGCCAGAGACCUCAGACUCUGUCUGUCUGUCAGCCCAUCAGUUAAGAUGGAGCCGAGGGAUGAACAAAUCAACUUCAGUCUGUGUGCGGUUUUUUAUACAGACUGCUCUGAGAAGGUGGCAAAUUCCUACAGGGAAGAUGACGUUGUGCAUGUGACCAGCUUCACUUUUUUCUUUUUUGAAUGUGUCACUUGAAGUGGAAUGGG